AUGGACACCUUCCUCGCGCCGCUCCUGUCUCCCCAACCCAUCUUCGGCGCCGCCAAUGACCCGGAAUUCUCCUCCAUCGUCGCCGAGCUCCUCGCCAUGAACGACGGUGGCGGCGGCGAGCCACCACGGGCUAACGAGUCCUUCGCUGCCGAUACCACCACCCUCUCAACCUUCUCCGUCCGUCAACAACACGACCAACCCGCCGCCAUACUAUUCCCGGCGCCGGUUACCCUUGGCCCACCGCCAACUCCUCUUGUCCCUGUGGGGGCGCGCCAUGAAUUCACUGCCGGCGCCUCGAGGCCGGCCAAGAGGAGGCGAGGAGGGCAAAUGGCAAGCUCGCCGCCCGGGAGCGGCGGCGAGAACGCGGUCCAGGCGGGAGUAGCUAGCACCAGGGCCAGCCGCCGGGUGUGGGUGCGGGAGCGGAGCACCGAGUGGUGGGACCGCCUGAACGGGCCCUCGUGCCCGGACGCCGAGUUCCGGCGCGCCUUCCGCAUGUCGCGCGCCACGUUCGCCGCGCUCUGCGACGCGCUCGGCGGCUCCGUCGCCAAGGAGGACACCCCGCUUCGCGCCGCGAUCCCCGUGCGGCAGCGCGUGGCCGUCUGCGUCUGGCGCCUCGCCACGGCGGAGCCCCUCCGCGAGGUCUCCCGCCUCUUCGGCCUCGGCAUCUCCACCUGCCACAUCAUCGUGCUCCAGGUCUGCCGCGCCCUCGCCACCGUGCUCAUGCCCGUGGCCAUCCGCUGGCCGGACCCCACCGCCGCAGAGGCCGUCGCGGCCAGGUUCGAGGCCGCCUCCGGGCUACCCGGCGUCAUCGGCGCCGUCUACACCACGCACGUUCCCAUCGUCGCGCCCAAGGCCAACGUCGCCGCCUACUACGACCGCCACCUGACGGAGCGGAACCGGAAGGCGUCCUACUCCGUGGCCGUGCAGACCGUCUCGGACGCCGACGGCGCGUUCACGAACGUGUACAUCGGCCUCCCGGGAUCGCUGUCGGACGCCGCCGUGCUUGGCAACUCGGCGCUGUCCGCGCGCCGCGGCGAGGCCGGGCUGCUCGGGGGAAACCACGGGCAGGAGCAGCGGCUGGUGGGCGGCGCGAGCUACCCGCUAACGGACUCCAUGCUCGUGCCCUACGCGCACCGGAACCUGACGUGGACGGAGCAUAAGUUCAACGAGCGGGUAGCCGCCGCACGCGGCGUGGCGCGGGGCGCGGUCCGGCGGCUCAAGGCGCGGUGGCGCUGCCUGCAGCGGCGCACCGAGGUGAAGAUUCCGGACGUCCUCAGGCUGAUCGCAGCCUGCUGCGUGCUUCACAACGUCUGCGAGCGCGCCGGCGAGGGGCUCGACCCCGACCUCAUGCAGUACGAGCUCGAGGACGACGACGUUGCUCAUCACAAUGCUGCGUCCUCCGAAGCGGCGGCGCACGUGCGGGACAGGAUCGCGCACGGCCUCCGAUCCACGGUACGGUAGCCAUGCUAGCGAAUAGCGACGGUGCAUUUCGAUUGUAGCAAGAAUAGAUCCUCAAAGUUCAGUAAGCAUAAUAAAUAAUUGGUGUAGCAUGCGUGACAUACUGUCACAGUGAAAUUAAAAUUAAAGAACAGUAUACAGGUCUUGUAUCAAGGAUGUUGGAAAGCGCAUGUCCCUAGAUUAUCAUAAG